AUGCCACAAAACCAAGAUCUAACCAGAAGAACCAGUGGACGCAGCACUCAAGGAAUUCCGCCAGCCCGAUAUAACCCUGACACUUACGAUAUGUCUGUCGUUCGCUCACCAACAGGAGAUACGCCUACCAGCAGCCACCAAAAACAGCAACAAAUGCCAGCUGCAGCCGCAGCCGUCAAUACACCGCCCGCCAAUACUUCUAAAUCUUCUUCUUCUUCUUCUCAGUUACAGCUCCAAAAACCGCCUUCAAAUACACCAGCCAAAACACCAAAUCCUGCAAAUGAAUUAGCCGAGAUGAGAAAACUUAUGAAAUUUGAAAUGGAACAGAUGCAACGUCAGAUGAAAGCAAUGCAAGACGAAUUUUUAGCAGCACAAGCAAAAAUGCAAGCACAACUAUUAAAUACGUCACAGCAGUUUGCUUCUUUGCAAAACACAAUGUCGCAGCAAGCAUUGCCUACACUGACGUCACAACCAUCAAUUUUCUCAAAUCAAACGACACAACAACCGCCAUUGAAUACGCCGCAACAGCCACAAAGGAAUCUGCCACCACAGCCGCCAUUGAAUCUGCCACCACAGCCGCCAUUGAGUCUGCCACCACAGCCGCCAUUGAAUCUGCCAUUACAUUCAGUAGUUUUGCCACCACAAACAGUACCGCCAACAACAAGUCAACAGUUGCAGACUCAAGUGCAUCAACUGCCGCCAUUGUCUAUCAACACAGAUGAGUCUUUUCCAAAUUCACUUUCAAAUAACUCCAACGGAAAUGCACAUAAAAAAAUUUAUCCCUUGCCUAUUUUUUCAGGUCUUCCAGAGGAGUGGCAGGCAUUUUUCGAAGCCUACGAGAGCACCACAACCGAAUUUGGUUACUCCAAUCUCCAUAACAUCAUGCGUUUGAGAGACGCAUUGAAGGGCCGAGCAAGGGAAACAGUGGAAUCCAUGUUGGGGAGUUCUGCCAACGUCAGCGCCAUUUUGGAAAUUCUGCAGGAAACAUUUGGUCGACCAGAGCAACUUAUCCGAAGCCAAGUAGAAAAAGUCCGAGCCAUUCCACCGCUGGCAGAUGAUAAUUUGGAUGCACUUGUCAACUUUGCCAACAAACUCUCCAAUAUGGCCACUUUCCUAAAAAACGCCAAGGGUGAACACCAUCUAUCCAAUCCAUCGUUGCUGAGUGAGCUAGUGUCCAAACUGCCGAUAAACCGCCAAAUGCAAUGGGCCGAAAAAUGUCUGCAACUCCAGCACCCCGCCACUAUAGUUGAUUUCAGCGAUUGGUUGGGAAUAUUACGCCGUCUCGCACAUAUGGUCCACGACACACAGCCAAUUUCAGCAACCUCGUCCAAUCGCCGACACACACAAACACAACAAAAAAAAUACGCAUAUGUCGCUGUCAGUUCGAGCUGUCCAAUUUGUCAGGGAGAGUGCAACAAUAUAAAAAUCUGUCCACACUUUUUAAAAAUGACCAUCGAUGACCGAUGGAAUAAAAUUAAACAAAUUAAAACUUGUUUUUGUUGCUUAAAGAGAGGCCACCAACUUAAAAAUUGCCACUAUAAGCGUCGUUGUGGCAUAAAUGAUUGCCAAAAAUCACACCACCAAUUGUUGCACAAAACACUCGCGACGCCAUCCCAGGAACCGAACCGAACAUUACCCACACACGAUUUGGAGCCACGAACGAACACCCCAUCUCUUCCCGACGCACCGCCGUCUCAAACACAACGAAGAAAUUGUCAUGCCGCCCACUACACCGAAAACGUACUGUUCCAGAUUUUGCCCGUGACGCUAUACGGAACACACAAACAAAUAACGACGUACGCGUUCAUUGACGACGGCGCCAAUGUGUCCAUGCUGGACGAGGACGUUGCUCGCGAACUCGGAGUACACGGGAAACCGGAGAUUUUAAAAAUUCAGUGGCUUAAUAACCAAAACAUAAACGAAAAAACAGAAAAAAUUAAUUUGACAAUUAGUGGUGUCGGUGAGUACAACAACAAGUACCCGAUAACCAAUGUUUACAUUUCGUCCAAUCUGUCAUUGCCAAUACAGAGUUGCCAUCUGGCUCAUUUAAUUAAAUCCCGUGAAAUCGACCAAAUCGCCGAAAUCCCAUUCCGGGAUUAUUCGAAUGUUCAACCUAAACUAAUAUUAAGCUUGCAACAUUCAUUUUUAACAGUUCCCUUGGAAGCUCCUCGUAUGAUGACCGAUGUUGGACCAAUCAUUACCCUAACGAGAUUAGGCGCCGUAAUUUAUGGACCGAUCCCAGGCGAGAAGAGUUCCAAUCUUAAGCGGGCUUUACACGUUAGGAAACGUUUCGAGGAAGAAAAUUGUGACUUGCUUAAGGAAAUGCAUACCAUGAUGCGGCAAUAUUUCGACGUGGAGACAUUGGGUACCAAGGUAAAUGUGACACCAAUUCUGUCCAUAGAUGAUGAACGAGCGUUAAAAAUAUUGAGAGAAAACACGAAAAGAAUCGAUGGGCGAUAUCAGUGUCCGCUUUUGUGGAAAGAACAUUUUUCUCCAAUUCCAGAAUCGUACAAUUUGUCGUACAACCGAUUGCAGUGUGUGGAACGAAAAAUGGCAAAGGACAGUGUAUAUGCAGCUCAAUAUUGCAAAAAGAUAAGAGACUACGAGGAAAAAGGAUAUUGCCGUAAACUUUCAGUAGCAGAACGAGAAAGAAGGAGCGACCGAACGUUUUAUUUGCCACAAUUUGGCGUUAAAAAUCCCAACAAAGACGGAAUUCGUAUCGUCUUCGAUGCUGCUGCUGAAGUUCAACAAUUUUCAUUAAAUAAAGCCUUAUUACCUGGACCUGACAUAAAUAACUCUUUAAUCUCUAUUCUUUUUAAAUUCAGGGAAUUUCCUGUAGCCGUGUGCGGAGAUAUACAAGAGAUGUUCCACCAAAUUGUAAUCGCCAAAGAAGAUCAGGACAGUCAGCGAUUUCUAUGGAGAAAUGGGGAUCCCAGUCAACCCUUAGAAACUUAUGUAAUGGAACGGAUGAUUUUUGGAGCCACUUGUUCGCCCACCAUAGCCCAAUAUGUAAAAAACCUUAAUGCCCGAAGGUUUAUAAAUGAGUCGCCAAGAGCAGUACAAGGAAUCAUCGAUCGUCAUUACGUAGACGAUUACGUCGACUGUUUCCAGACUGAAGGUGAGGCAGUUGAAGUGGUACGUGAUGUCAUAAAAAUUCACAAAGAGGGUGGAUUUAAUCUCCGCAACAUCAAGUCUAAUUCCCUUGUUUUACAACGUAUGUUUGGCAACCCUAUUUCUGAUGAAAGUGAUGGCAACUCAAUUUUUGAUGAUGGAAUGGAACGGGUACUCGGAAUUCAUUGGCUGCCAAAAUCAGAUGUUUUUUGUUUUGAAUUAAAAUUACACAAAGUGGAUGAAAAGAUAUUGAAAUUGCAAAAAGUGCCAACGAAACGCGAAAUGUUGUCUUUAAAUAUGUCCGUAUUCGAUCCAUUCGGGUUUCUUGGUGAUUUUAUGGUGACGUCGAAGAUAAUUAUGCAAAAUGUGUGGAAAAGUGGUAUAAAGUGGGACGAGGAGUUGCCGUCCGCGAUUUAUAGCCGCUGGAAGACCUGGCUGGAGGAAUUGCCUAAAUUAAAGGAUUUCAAAGUUCCGAGGUGUUACAGUAAUGGAUUUUUUAAUGGUAUAGUAGAUUUGCAUGUGUUUGUGGAUGCCAGUGAAGAUGCAAUGGCUGCUGUGGCAUACUGGCGUAUAGUAACAAAUUGUGGUGUAAGUGUUGUGUUCGUUAUGGGCAAGACGAGCUGUGCCCCAACAAGAUACCAUACUAUACCUAAGCUUGAGUUGCAAGCAGCAGUAAUUGGAGUGCGAAUGAAGGAAAAAUUUUUGGAAAAUCAUUUGAAGAAUAUUAAUAACAUUUAUUUUUGGUCAGAUUCCUCAACAGUGAUAAGUUGGAUCCGUUCAGAACACCGUACAUACAAACAAUAUGUGGCAAAUAGAGUGUCGGAGAUUCUGGAAAGCAGCCGUAUGGAGCAGUGGCGGUGGUGUCCAGGAGCGGAAAACCCAGCUGACGAAGGGACCCGUGCUAAAGGACCCAAGAAGUACCAGCCAGAAGGACGUUGGAAAAAUGGGCCAGAAUUCCUGAGAAAAGAAGAGAAGUAUUGGCCGGACGAGGAACAAAUUGGAACAUGUGUGGAUCACAGCAAAACAGAGCUAAGAAACAAAUACAAAGUUUUGGUGGCUUGCCAGGUAUGUUUUUGUAUUCCAGAUAUUAAUAGAUUUUCAAAAUAUCGUAGGCUGAAACGGGCAAUGGAGACGUGGACGAGUCAUCGAAGUAUUCAGGGGCAAAGACGGAGUGGCACGAUCAGCCAAGGUGAGAACGAGUGCCGGUGUAUACCACAGACCUGUGUCCAAACUUGCCAUUUUGGACGUGGAAGCGGCUGGAGACGGAGUUGGUGAAGCCUCCCCCUCUGGGUCAGUUCACGGGGGUGGGGAUGUUGGAGAUGGUAACCCUGCAAUUACCAAAGCUAAAAAAGUGUAGCCAAAUUUGAAAUACCACUGUUAUAAAUGGCCGAAAUAUCCCAAGCGAAGAGGGAGACGAAACUAAAUUUAAGCCAACAUCUUCAUUUUGUUUAUUUUUGUUGUUUUGCUUAAUGUCACUUUUUAUAUAAAUAGGCCUUUAUGGCCAUUGUUUAUUCCCUUUUUUGUUAGAACCCAAAAAUAAAGAAUAAACAACGACAACUAAACUCACUAUUUGUAAACAAACAAACCAAAUAAACGCAGCUUUUUAUUUUGCCGAAA